AUGUCAGACUCUGAAAAUAAUGAGACGGAUGUGCGGCGCUCGUCUCGUCGCUGCGGGGUGAGUGCGAAGACCACGAAAAUGAUGUCUGAAAUGGAGAAGCUGAAACAAGCCCGUGCUACUGGAAAAGUUUAUAGACCAGAUCUAGAAGUUGAGGACGUUUACGAUACAGUAGAUGAUGCGGAGUACGAGAGGAUCGUGUCCAAGAGACAAAACGAAAAUUUUGUUGUGGAUGACAAUGGAAUGGGCUACGCGGACACUGGUGCUGACUUUGAGGACGAUGAUUAUGAUGACUACGACGAUGAAGAGCCAAGGAAGUCAUCGUCAAACAAAGGAGACAAAAAGUCCAAAAAGGAUAAGAAAGACAAAAAAGAAAAGAAGAAGGGAGCAAUGGACGCUUACAUUUCUUACACUGCAAGUCGAAAAGCAGCCGUUGAUGAGUCGAAGCUGAAAGCCACGCUGGAUGAGGAUGAAGAUCUGAAAAACAUUCUUGAUCAGCUGGGAGAUAAUGAUAGUGACGGAGAGGAAGAAAUAACGAAACCUAAAAAGGUUCCCGCGAAUCCAUUCAAAAGAGGGAGAAGUGCUGAAUCGCCCGGUUCCGAUGCCAUCAUGCCGCGCCCAAUUAUUAAAAAAGCAAAAACAGGCGCAAAUGUGACAGGAUUGGCACCUCACCGCUUCCAAAACAACAAGAAAACAGUGGUAAGAGCUCCUGAACCAUCCGAUGACGACGAGGAUUAUGGUGUCCCCGACUUCAAUGACCCCAUUUUGUCUUCUCCCUUUAAAGAAGAAGCUGUCUCUCCUGUUUCUACUUCUAAACUGUCUUCUAAAACCCAUGAAACUGAAUUAGAUGCUCGGAAGGAUGCUGUGAAAAUGGAAAUGGACGAGGAAGAAGAAGAAGAACAGAAAACUUCUGGGACUAUAAGAGAAGUUGAGGACAGUCUGGCAAAAUUCCGAGUAAUUGAAGACGUUUGGACUGGAAAUGAGGAUCAAGAAGAAGAGGAAGAUGGGAAGGUUGAGGUGAAAACUGGAACUGAGCCAUUCUACGUGAUGACUGGAGAUCGUGAAGAUGUGAAGGCAAUCAGAAUGUAUUGGAUAGAUGCUUACGAGGACGUGCACAAGGCCAAUGGAACUGUGUACUUGUUCGGAAAAGUGAAAACCGGUGCGAACACUUGGGAAACCUGUUCAAUCGUUGUUAAGAAUAUCUGCCGGAAGGUUUACUUCAUGCCACGUUCAGAGAAUCUAAGAACCGGAGAAGAAUCGAACUUGGCAGAUCUGCACAAAGAGAUUGGAGAAGUCUUGAAGAACAAAUUCAAUACACACGAAUUCAAGUGUAAGAUGGUCGAGAAGGAAUUGAUUCGAGAUGAGAGUUUCGGAAAUGGAGGAGGAACGAAGACUCCCCUGAUGGAAGUGCUCUAUCCGGCAGAUAAGGGAAAACUUCCGAACGAUCUCAAAGGUGACACCUUUUCACACACAUUCAACACCUCCGUCUCCCCACUUGAACGUCUUCUGAUCGAGAAAAAAUUCAUGGGUCCCGGAUGGAUUGAUCUCUACAGUUACGUGGAUCCAAAGGCUAAGACAUCAAACUGCAAGUAUGAGUUUGAAGUUGAUAUGGAGAAGAUGAGAAAUAUCAAGUAUUUGGAAGGAGAGGAUUUGGAAAAACUGAAAGGAACAGCCAAUUCAGCAGUUCCCUCAAUCAAACUCCUCGCAUUGAAUAUUGUGACAACACUGAACGAAAGGAAGGAAAACGAAAUUUGUAUGAUUUCAACGUUGUUCAACUCGAAAUGCGAUCUUGCUCAUCCGAGUUCUGAUAACAAGGCUUUCAAGCCGAGAUGCUUGGUCACGAAACCACACGGUGGAUCUCUCCCAUAUGACAUACAGAAGCGUCUGGAAUCCGAAAAAAUCUCAAAAUUCGUGAAAACUGUUCCCAACGAGAAGGCCCUUCUCACUCUUUUCCUUGCUGAGAUCAAUGAUGAAGAACCGGAUAUGGUUGUUGGACAUGACUUAUCAGCUAUGAUUGCUCUUCUGGUUUCGCGUCUCGAAAAGCUAAAAUUACCUAACUGGUCCCGCAUUUCCCGUCUAAAACGUUCGAUUAACAUUGGAAAACUGGGUCACUCGAAAUCUGGACAAUGGGAGUUAACAGCUGGACGGAUGAUGCUUGAUUCAAAGUUGGCCGCUAUGGAACUUGUCAAAUCGAGAAGUUUCGAUUUAACUGAGCUCUCUCAACAAAUUCUUGGAACUAAUCGACGAGAGAUCUAUUCCAAUGAGAUUUCAAACCUCUAUAGUGACUCAAAGGAUCUAAUCAGUCUAAUCAAUUGGUCAUGGCACGAUAGUCUUCUCUCUGUUCGUAUCGUGGUUCGUCUCAAUGCUCUUCCUCUUUACAUGCAAAUCUCGCAAAUUGUCGGUGGAAUCACUUCAAGAACAAUGAUGGGAGGAAGAGCCGAAAGGAAUGAAUAUCUCCUUCUGCAUGCAUUCGAGAAGGCUGAUCUUAUUGCACCGGAUAAGUACAGUGCUUUUGAGAACAAGAAACAAAAGGAGCAGCAGGUUAAAGAAGAAGGAGACGAAAAGAAGGCUGGAAAAGCACAGUAUUCUGGAGGAUUGGUUCUGGAACCGAAGAAGGGACUCUACGAAACACUCAUCUUGUUGCUUGAUUUCAACUCCCUCUACCCAAGUAUCAUUCAAGAGUACAAUAUCUGCUACACCACUUUGGUGUAUUCGAAGGAUAGUGAUGAGCAACUAUCUGUUCCCCAAAACACAGACGUUGAAGGUGUGCUUCCUCGUGAAAUCAGAAAGCUUGUGGAGUGUAGGCGAGAUGUAAAAGCUCUGAUGAAGACGGAGAGAAAUGAAUCGAAACGGAAACAGAUGGAUAUCAGACAAAUGGCUCUCAAACUCACUGCCAACUCCAUGUAUGGAUGUCUCGGUUUCCAAUAUUCUCGGUUCUAUGCGAAACCUCUAGCUGCUCUGGUUACUGCCAAGGGAAGAGAAAUUCUGAUGCAUUCGAAAGAUCUUGUGGAGAAAAUGGGUUACUCUGUAGUCUACGGAGAUACUGAUUCUAUCAUGAUCAACACGAACUCGAUGGAUUUGGCAAUGGCCAAGAAGUUGGGUUCUGAAAUCAAGAAGGCUGUUAACAAAUGCCAUCGGUUGCUAGAACUUGAUCUCGAUGGAGUUUUCAAGAGAAUGUUAUUGCUCAAAAAGAAAAAGUACGCCGCGUUGACAAUCAAUCCAGACACGAAGGUUGAAGCGAAGGAGUUGAAGGGACUCGAUAUUGUCAGAAGAGAUUGGUCUCAAUUGGCCAAAGAAAUCGGAACAGCGGUCGUCGAUAAAAUUCUGGACUCUUCCCUGUCUCGAGAUGAGAUGAUUUCUUCAAUUGAUGACCUCCUCAGAGACAUCCGCCAGAAGCUUGAUUCUGGAACAGUACCUAUAGAAAUGUUCCAGAUCAGCAAACAGCUGACUAAAAAUCCAGAUCAGUAUGGAGACGUGAAGGCUCAAUCGCAUGCUGCAGUUGCACAGAGACUUAAUAAAAGUGGAAAGUUCCACAUGAGACACAAUGAUAUCGUUGAAUACGUAAUCUGUGAAGAUGGAACUGAUAAUGGUGCUACACAAAGAGCCUAUCAUCGAACUGAAAUGGUUGAUAACAAGGACUUGAAGAUUGAUCUUCUCUACUAUCUCGCUCAACAGAUUCAUCCAGUUGUUUCCCGCCUCGUUGAGCCCAUCGAGGAGACUGAUGCAGUUCGAAUUGCUGAAUGCCUUGGAUUGGAUUCAACAAAUUACCGUAGAGCCGCAGCUGCACAAGCUAACCAACGAGCUGCUGAAGAGGAUUGCACUUGGCAACAAGAGAAUUACGAGCUGUGCGAAGGAGUGGUUGUUGUUUGCCCACACCCAGAAUGCGGUCAUUCUAACGUCAUUCGAGAAACGUUUGAUUGUGUGACCGAUCCUACAUCUCCUCGAUUCUUGAUUGCUGGAUGUUCGCAAUGCAACGGAACAUGGGAAUCCUCAGAGCAUCAAGCUGUUAUCUCCAAUCAAAUUGACUGUCAACUGGGCGAGUUCGUGGCCAGACAUCAUAUUGCAGCAUACAAGUGCGAUGAACCGACAUGUGAAUUCAAAACGAGAGUGCAGACGAUGAAAUGGUGUCGUGAAGGAUUAGAAUGCAUUCGUUGUUCAACUGGAGUUCUCCGUCGCGAAUACACAUCGAAACAACUUUUCGAUCAACAAAUGUUCUUUCGUCAGAUUUUCGAUGUAGACGCCGCUCUUCGUAAAAUGAGUGAUUCGCAGAAAAGAGCCGCUGAGAAUCGUGACCGCCAGCAAUUCAACGCCUGUCGCAUAGAUUCGAUGGAUAUUGUCAAUCGAAUCAACGAAAAAUAUCUGGAACGCAACUCCUACAACCGUGUGGAUCUUUCGUAUAUCUUCGCCCCGAUGAUGAAGAUUUAG